AUGUCUUCCCCUAUCAAGAAGACUCCCGCCAAAGGCGAGCCCGCCUUCUCCGCCCGCGAGCUCGAGCUCCUCGGCAAGGCCCUCCAGGCCAACAAGAACGACGUCGCAAUCGACUACCCCAAGUUUGCAGAGUUGGGUGGGUUCAAGAAUGCCAACUCCGCCAAGGCGUCCUGGCACAAGUUGAAGGAGAAGUUCGAGCGUGCCCGUGGCCCAGUAGUCGCAGAUGGUGCUGCAGAUCCGAAGACGAGUGACGAGGACGAGAAGGCCGCCGACGUGCCCAGGACUCCAGCCUCCGGCAAGAAGCGCAAGGCGGCUGCCGUCAAGGGCGAGGAGGGUGAAGACACCCCCAACAAGUCCGCCAAGAAGGGCCGCAAGCCGGCUGCGAAGGGCAAGAAGACUAUCGCUGCUGCUGCCGACGAGGAGGUCGAGAGCAAGGCGGAGGUGAAGAAGGAGAGCGACGAUAGCAACGAGGAGGGCGAGAAGAGCGACGACAAGGAGAAGGGCGAAGAGAAGGCGGAGGCCGUCAAGGACGAGUCUGAGGAGGAGGCAUAG